GCUGGAGCAAUGUGGCUGCUGUGGCUGCUCUUGGGCUCGGCGGAAAGCCAACUUUUGCCUUGGAAUAAUUUCACAAAUGAAUGCAAUAUCCCUGGAAACUUCAUGUGCAGCAAUGGGCGCUGCAUCCCAGGAGCCUGGCAGUGUGAUGGGCUGCCAGACUGCUUUGACGAAAGUGAUGAAAAGGAAUGCCCAAAAGCCAAAUCUAAAUGUGGCUCCACCUUCUUUCCCUGUGCAAGUGGAAUUCACUGCAUCAUUGGUCGCUUUCGAUGUAAUGGCUUUGAAGAUUGUCCUGAUGGCAGUGAUGAAGAAAACUGCACAGCAAAUCCUUUGUUGUGCUCUACCGCCCGAUUUCACUGUAGGAAUGGCCUGUGCAUUGAUAAAAGUUUUGUGUGUGACAAUCAGAAUAACUGCCAAGAUAACAGUGAUGAGGAAAGUUGUGAAAACCUGCAAGAAUCUGGCAGUGACCAGGAUUAUGUGACCACAGAGCCUCAGCUGCUGUACUAUCCCAGCAUUACCUAUGCAAUUAUUGGCAGCUCUGCCAUUUUUGUGCUGGUGGUGGCACUUCUUGCCUUGGUGUUGCACCACCAGCGAAAACGCAACAAUCUCAUGACACUCCCAGUACAUCGGCUGCAGCACCCCGUCCUUCUAUCCCGACUGGUUGUCCUUGAUCAUCCGCAUCACUGCAGUGUAACCUACAAUGUCAAUAAUGGGGUUCAGUACAUGUCCAGCCAGGCCUACCAUAGGCCACCAGAUGUAGACUCUCCACCAUCUUAUUCAGAAGCUGUGCUAGACCAAAGCAGACCUCCGUGGUUUGAUCUUCCUCCACCUCCAUAUUCCUCAGAAUCAGAAUCUCAGAACCAUGUAGACCUCCCUCCCUAUCGAUCUCGGACUGGGAGUGUGGUGAGCACAGAUGCUCCAGUGGCAAGAAGUCAACUGAAUACAGAAGGCAGUCAAACCAGGAGCAUCGUUAACAGUUUGGACUAUCACAGUGUGCUACAAGAAAUUCCACCUGAGCAAAGUGACUCUUUAAUCAGUUCCCUUUCUGCUGAGGAACUGUAAGCAGCUAUUUAUGAAAUUCUUAUGGGUGGAUCUGUGCUAAGAAGUCAAAUGUCUAGAAGCACUUGGGCUCAUUCUCCUUGACUUCUGCAGUGCAAACACCAUGGAAAUGAACUGGAGCUGUGGAAGCUUCCAUUCAAUUACUCCCACUCAUUUCAAAGGAUUUUGGAGGAACACACCAGCGUAUUGUGCCUAAAGGGACUCAGCCAUGUUACAUUUUAGGCAUUCUGUCUUUGGGAGCAGUUCUGGAAUUUCAGUUCAGAUUCACUUUGAUUCUGUAACAUGUUAUUCUUCUAAGGUAUUUCAGGGGUAUUUACUGUGUGUAUGUGUCUGAAUAUACAGGUGCAUAGCUCCACACCUAUAUUUGGGAAAAUCCUGAUGCUGUAUGACAAAUAUUUAUGUCUGUGUAAGUAUGUAUAUAGUUACAGUAGUAUGUGAAGCUUGCAUUGUGCAAGCAUAAAUCCAUUUUCCUGGUUGCUACUGGAAAUGCCCCAAAUCCAAACCUGCUACUAGAAAUCCCCCAAAUCCAAACCUGAAGAGGAAACAACUAUUAUGGCUGAACAUGAUGUUUUGGUUUGAUUUGUGCUGGAAUGCUGGUCUCUGUUGCAAGGUAACCUUCAUGCCCCAAGUUUUGUGACAGCUAGGUGUUCAUGAUGGGAUGUUUUGGAGGUCAUUAGUUCGCAGCCUGAAGUGAUUUGAGGGCGCAUAACAUACACACACACAAAGGUGUAAAAAUGUUCUGUUUUCAUAUUUAUUUAGUGCAUCAAGGGUUGUGCGUGUACCAAAUUUGAUCCUUCUGGAUGGUAUGGAAACAGUGCUCAAAUCAUGGGGAGAAAGGCAGGGGGCACUUAUAUAAAAUCCACAACACACGUCUCUUUAUCCUCUCCCACACAUCUAGUAUGGAGUGCUAUAUAAAUUGUGUCAUUCUUGGAUCCUUAAGAGCAAGCUUCAUGAGUGCACAUGAACAGCAAUCAGGACAGUGCUUAGAGAAAGUAAAGAGGACUCUUGUGGCAAUAGAGAAUAAUUUCUCUUCAAGCACAAGCUUCUGUAGAGUUAAGCAGAUCUGAUGAAGUGUGCUCUAAUCCAUGAAAUCUUAUGCUAACAUAAAAAUUUGUUAGUCAUUAAGGUGCCAGAAGACUAGCAUGGUUAUCCAGUUGAAAGGUUAAGGGGAUCUUAUGCCCUCUUCAAUUGAGGCUACAAACUUAACCAACAACCUCCUAUUUAACUGCAGAAAUCUUAGAGAAGUCUUACAUUCAUAUUUUUUUUGUUCCCCCUUCCAAAACCUGUGUAGCAACAGUACUCUCCCCAUUUGUUUUCACUAUGCUUGUGAGUGGUGGUGUCCAGGAAGGGAAUGACUCUCCAGCGCUGGGAUCACCAACAGAAACUCUCCCAGAGAAGGAACAUCAACUGAGAAAUGGGGUAAUUGGCACAAGAAGACAAUUAUUCCUCUCAUUAUCAAAUCCCCAUGCCCAGAGAAAUGGGAGAAGUUACAUUCAUAGUGCCCUUCUCUUGAUCUGGAUUGGAACCCAUCUUCCUGCCAUCCCGGAGAUUACUGAGAAUGUUGUUCGUUGCUUUCAAUCUCUGGUUUUGAUCUUCAUAAAGCGAAGAAACCAGCUUGGGCUCAGUGCAUCUUCCAGGGCAGCAGAAAUUCUGCCCUUCUCUUCCCCAGCAGGUCCUCCAGCCCAAAUAGACAUAUUCCAGUCUUCUUCUGUGUGGUUCUUGAUGGCCAUUUGAGUUGGACUCCACGUAACCAUUUUUUUCUUAUUCAAGGUUAUUCUAGAUCUUGACAUUACAGAUAAAAGGGUUUUUUUAAGCAGUUAUUGAGUGAGGCACUUUCUACUUAGGUGGAAAGUUCCCUCAGCCAGUGUACAUUGCAGAUUUUGAGCAGCAUGAUUUCUUGAAGUGUGGCAAGAGACUCAGUUGGGAAAAAGGGAGUAGCCAACCAAACUAAGUGCAUGACAUGGGGGGGAGAGGGGCAAGAAACAGUUGCUAAAGUGAUAUUCUGUCUGGGAUGAUAACAUUGGUAGACCUGGAUAGAUUAAACAAAGAGGUACAGAGAUGGAGACCAGUUCAAUCAGAUAUACAAAGUUGAAGAAAUAUGGUAAUGUGAUCCAGAGAAAACGAUGGGAGUCCUUAAAUAGAGGCAGGACAUUAAAGCCAUGCCCUUCAUGCAGCUUUUAAAAAACACGGCUAAAGAGUAACAAGAGGUCAGGGUCUGGGACUGCUCACUCCUCACCAUAAUCUAAGUACUGCAUGGAAGUAUCUUUACUGUUUUUUUAGAGGGAUAUUUCUUGAGUUAUUCAACAACUCUCCCUUUUAGAUAUUUGUAGUAAUUCCUGUGUUUUAACUGUAUGGGUAUCAUAUUUCAGCUACCUAGUGAUUGUGGGAAUAGUUUAACCCUUUCGAAUUCCCUGUUUAUUUUUGUGAGGGGGUUUUGCUGUCAAGUCACAGCUGACUUAUGGCCACCCUGUAGGA